UUUAAACUUCACCCUUCUGCGCCCUCAGAGGCUAUGAAUCUGUUGCAAGGAGUCGAUUUUGCCUAGGCCCCUGGUUUCAUGCAGCCGUUCAGCAUCCCUGUUCAAAUUACCCUCCAGGGCGGCCGGAGACGCCAGGGGAGGCCAACCUCUUCUACCUCAGGGACGAGGAGAAACACAGACCGCAAUGCUCGAGACCCACCAGACGUGCACAGGAAGCUGCCAUCCAGUGCUGGAGAGGACCAGGCCAUGCUGCUAGGGUUUGCAAUGAUGGGUUUCUCUGUCCUAAUGUUCUUUGUGCUUGGAGUAACCAUCCUGAAGCCCUUCUUGCUCAGCACUCAGAGAGAAGAAUCGAACUGCACUAUCAUUCAUGCGUAUGUCAUGGACCACUGGAUGGACUGUGCACUUUCCUGCGGGAUGGACUGCCGAGGUCAGGGCAAGUACCCGUGUCUCCAGGUGUUUGUGAACCUCACCCAUUCAGGUCAGAAAGUGCUCCUACAUUAUAAUGAAGAGGCUGUCCAGAUAAAUUCCCAGUGCUUCUACACACCUAAGUGCCACCGGGAUAGAAAUUAUUUGCUCGGUGCUCUGGACAUAAAGGAAUUCUUCGAUCACAAAAAUGGGACCCCGUUUUCAUGCUUCUACAGUCCAGACGGCCAAUCCGAAGACGUUAUUCUCAUAAAAAAAUACGACCAGAUGAUGAUCUUCCACUGUUUAUUCUGGCCUUCACUGACCCUGCUGGGUGGUGUCCUGAUAGUUGGCAUGGUGAGAUUAACACAGUACCUGUCCUUCUUGUGUGAAAAACACAGCACUGCAUUCAGAGAUGAGGUAAGUGGCAAAGUUCUUUACAUGGCACAGCAUCAAUUCAAAGUGUGGCGUGUUGGGAGGAGCAAAGGAAGGAGCAGAGAAACCUUAAGACGGUGGCCAAAUUCAAGUCCUGGCCUUCAGAUACCUGCAGGGUCUGCCCUUGAGGACCUGAUCAUGCCUAAACGCAAACUAACGGUGUAGAAACAAAGCAUGGUUAUUUCACGUGGGAAGGAAAAAAGUUUAAAAGUCUCAUUGUAUAUUCUAUUCUAUAAAUAAAUAUAAAUCCACCAUCUUCUUUAUUCCAAAUCUCUCCCCAUGAGCCAGGGAAGCACCUUUUGUUUCCACAGGGUAAAAGGCGCUCACGGUCAUUGUGCUUCGUCUAGUAUCAGCCCCUGCUAGAGCCUGUCACUGUCAAAGUAAGUGAUGCAAGUUUCCAACCUGCUGAGCACGGAACAGGCAGUCUAGUUCCAUGGAAUGCAGUGUACGUCAAAACACUUGUCAAAAAAGUCUUAGUGAAGAGCAGCUCAUACACUACAGGAAGAUAAUAAUCUGGUAAUUUCAGAAAACAUGGACCUACCAUUUUACCUCAUCACCCAUGAGAAAAGAGGAAAGCUGCUGCCUGGGAAAUUCACUAAGCUUAGUGUUAUCUGUACUUAACCUUGCUAUGUACCAUGUGACUUUUCUUUUAGAAACAUUUCUUUCUAGUUAAUUAUGCUUCCCAUAAGUUCAUUUUGCUCUUUGUGUACACUCUGAAGGGAGUGGGAGAGGUGGCUAGAAAUGUUAUCAAGUUAGGGAGAAGCUGUACCAGAUAGAAUUUAACAUUCAUCUCAGAUAAUCCGCAUCAUAGAAAAGUCCCACAUGGAUAGUCAACAAUUGUCCGUACUUUAAUUAAUGAAUCAACCAUGGUUAUGAAAUAGUAUCACAAGACUCUCCCAACAAGUGCUUUUCAGAUUAAGCUGAAUAUGAGUUGAAAACAGACUUCAUUUUGAAAACCAAUGUUCCUCAAAGUAUCUUUACAAUUUUACUAAAAAAUCUUACAUCAUGGACAAUAAAAAGGAUGACUUUUGAAGCAACUCUGAUAUGUAGAUGUAAUCAAAACAAACUUUGAUUCUAAGCCAAUUUAAUGCCUUUUAGCAAUAAUUGCAAGUCACACAUUAUUAAACAAACUGAAUAAUACAGCAAUAUUGACCUGACCAGCAGUGAACAAUUUGGGUAUUUUCUCCUCCUUCUAGUGUGGAAUAGUGGAGAGAACAUAUGUCUCAGAGUACGAUUUUUAAAACAUUUGUAGGCCAUAAUUACAGCUUUUUAGAUAUGUGUCCUUGGGCAAGUCAGUUGAACUGUGCCACUCUUCUCAUCUCUAAGAUGGGGAUGGGUCUUUUCUUUCAUGAGGUUAUUUUUAGGGAAGAAAAAAGUCAAAGUAUGUAAAACACUUAGGUUGGCUUCUGGUACCUAGUAGAUAGAUAACAAAACUUUUGCUAAGUUUCAAUUUUUAGUUAGCCUUAUUCCUCUUCUGGGUAUAUACCCAAAGGAAAUGAAAUCAGUACCUUCAAGAAAUACCUGUAUUCUCAUGUUAACUGCAGCACUAUUCACAACAGCCAAGAUAUGGAACAACCUAAGUGUCCAUCGAUGGAUGAAUAAAUUGUGAGAGAUAUAUAUAUGUGUGUGUGUGUAAACAUACAUACAAUGGAAUAUUUUUCAUCCUGAAAAACGGAGAUCCUGACAUUUACAACAACAUGGAUGAACCUGGAGGGCAUCAUGCUAACAAUCAUCCACACACCGAAAGGAAAACACUGCAUUUCACUUAUAUGUGGAAUCUAAGAGAGUCAAAUACACAAAACGCAGAGAGCAGAAUGCUGGUUACCAGAGGCGGGAUGGGGAAAAUAGGGGAGACAUUGGUUAAAGUGUACAAACUUCAUUAUGAGAUGAAUGAAUCCCAUGAUCUAAUGUACAACAUACUGACUAUAGUUAAUAAUACUGCAUUGAGUACCAGAAGUUUGCUAAGAGAAGAGUUUAGGUGCUCUCAUUACACACACACACACACACACACACACACACACACACACACACACACACACACACACACACACAGAGAGGUAACUAUGUGAGUGAUACAUUAACUAGCUUGACUAUAGUAAUCAUUUCACUAUGUAUAUGUAUAUCAAAUCACCAUAUUGUAAACCUUAAGUAUGUACAGUUCUUAUUAAAAAUGAAAUAAUUCAACAAGCCUUGGUACCUUUUGUUGGACAGCUGGAACAGGGGCUGGGGUAAGGAGCUGCAGGAGCCGAUUCCUCCCCACUUUUUCUUGGCUAAGUAUGAUAUGUAUCUAGAGUUCAGAAUACGCUAUUUAGAAGGCUGUAAUAGAUUAUUUUGUAUGCCAAAGACUUCCUCGUAAUAAAAUGUAUGUAUACAUACACUUUUUAAGUCAUUCCACAAAUUGAGAUUCUCUAGAUUUCUUAAAUUAAGGUCACAUAUCUAUUCCAUUUCUUAGUAAGUUUGACACCCACCUAACAAUAUGCACUUCUUUAAAUUUUUCUCCUAACAAAUUAAAAACAAUUGAAAACCUAAAGCAUAUGGAAGUGUGAAACCUGAUAUGUUUCAGAUACUAUAGUUUUCCAUUUAUAUAGUAGCUACUUGGCUCAUCUCAGGAAAGAGAGACAUUAUGCUUGAAGAACAAAGUCAAUUUACAACGUUAACGCAAAUCAUUUGGCAAAUGAAAAUUUUAGCAAUUAUUUGCUGUGAAUUGCUUAGAAGCACUAACUAUCAAUGCCCAUGUGCAUUACUGGUCCAAGAAAAGCCCAGACUUACCUUUUGCAAGGUUUAUGAUAGCUGAAGGCAAAACCAGUUUGCUUCCAGACGAACUUCACUUUUAGGUUCUGGUCAUCAACUGACUUGGGAAAAAGUCUGUCCACACAUACAGACACAUUCAUACAUGUAUGUGUACACAUGUAAUCUCUGCUUAAAAUACAAGCAUAUAAUCCUUCACGUUUAAAGGAAGUUAAUAUUUAAACUGAUAUUUCUCCAAUAUUCAUCAUGUUACUGCGACAGAAAAAUUGGCUUUUAAGGCAUAAUAGUUUCAGGUUUUCAAUCAACUAUACUUAGUCAUUGUUGAUAAGAAAAAUUCAGCUAAAUUUUGAUUAUUACCAAGAGUGGUUUGCUGUUAAGUAUUAAAAAGAUGGUUUGCUGUUAAGUAUUAAAUGGCAAAUGUAAUUAUCACAGUUUUUUUGUUCAACAUAUAGUACACUAAGGAUUGUUUGGACACAAGUUAAAGUAAUUUUUUUUUUUUUUUAAUAAACAGCGUGAUGUUACAGACUGCAAAGUUAAAGCAGACAUUGACAGUUUCUGAUGAGCACAAACAGUAAGUGCAGUCACAGGCCAAACUUCUUGCCAGGAAGAGCAUGACUGGGACGAGGUCUUAAAUUUAGUGACACUGUUAUUAUUCUAUAUUCUCAGUACAGUAACACAUGCACUUGCUGUGUCAAAUACUUUUUUGGGCCAUCAUUAAAAGAACAUUUAAAACAUUUUCCUCCUAACUAAUGUGAUAUACUACAGGACUCUAACUCAAUGAAAGACAAAUAUAGAUAAAUAGAUUUGUGACAAUAAAUGGGGGUAAAGAGGGUGAUGGGAGCUCCUUUUUGAAGCUUCCAAAGUCUACACUGGAGGUGUCAGUAGUCUGUGGUGGUGUCACAUUCCUAAGAUGUUGAAGUGUUAUGUUCUAAAAGGAUACAUUCUUUUAGAGUUUAUUCAACGGAAAUAAAGUCUUAGGACUGAACCACACUGAAAACAUUAACUGCAUUUGAAACUUUGGUUCCAUAGCCAAAAACAUUUCUAGAAAUCAUGAAGGCCAAGCUCUCCAAUAGGAAUAUAUAUCUGAUAAGAGUUUUUUUCUUACGAAAUCAAUGGCUAGUGACCACAUUUGGAAAUCUGCACUAGAAUUAAAGAGGUUAGUCUUAUUAAAGAUAUUCUGAGAAAAUAAUAGAACAGUGAAGGUUCUGCCUCCUUGCUAUCCUAGAAGGAUUAACAAAAGUAAGAAUCACCAGAAAUAUACACGGCUCUUAGCAUAACCACAGAAUUAUUAUAGUGAGAGAUUAAAUAAUAUUUUAGAUAGAUUCAUAAACUUAAUGCUUACAAAAUGCAUUAUCCUUCCCAUACUUACCAACAGGAGGACUGGAGUCAACUGUUGGUGGUAGUAAAAACCAGCUACCCAUUAUGCUAAUAUGUACAGUGGACUGAUCUUUUUUCUUUGUUGCUAAAACUCUUAAAUGUAGUUGUGUAAAAAUUGAGUCAUAAGAUUUUCUUAUGGCUCAUAACUAUCUCUUCAUGCGAACUAGCAUGGCUGAAAUAUGAACAUAACUAAAACCAAGCAAAAGGAAUGGUGCUGCAUUGACCGAAAGUGCAAACCCUUACUCAAGUGAAGUUCUUGAACGAAGUAAGCUUGUAAAAACUAACACCCCAACUUGGGAAACUCCUGAUUGAUUCUCAACUCUUCUGAAUUUUAGAACCUUGAUGUUUACACCUUUUAUAAAUGAUGUCUCUUGAAUAGGGUUAGCAAGUACUGUGUAUACAAAUAUAAAUGUCUGCAAAUAUACACACAUCAAUUUCACUAACAACAACAACAAAAAAAAACUAAUUUCAAAUGCUAAAUUCAGGAACCUAGUACCAUGAACGUCCUACACUGCUGCCUUUUCCAAAUGGCUGAAGCAAUGAUUAAAUUUUAACCCAAUUUUUUUCUAAACGUAUCCAAUGCCAUUAAAAACAGGACAUGCCAACUCUGACUUUAUAAAUCAACUCUGACUUUAUAAAUCUAAAAUACAGUGCUCUGCAAAUUUCUGUAAUAUCAGAGCCAAAAGUAUUGAAUUGUGACUCAUCUACUUUUUUUCCUUAUUAACCUUCUGAGGUAGAGUUACCCAUCCAAUUUUAUCAGGACCAUAGUUAUCUUGAGCUGAACCCUAUAUUCUUUUCAGAAAGUGAAAAUAACUCUUAAGAGAAAAGAAAAAAGGCUUCCCAGGCCAUGGUACAUAAGAUACAUUUACAAUUUUUAAUGUGAUAAUUAAAAAAUAAAAAUGGUUUGUCUUUUAUUUUAAAAAACAGCCCAGCUGUAUUAUUCUGUAUCACCAAGAAUUAUUAUCUGAAGAUUUUGUCAGUGCUGAUUUGUAUAGUUCAGCCUUCACAAUCCCAUCCUUGAUGAAGAAUUAAUUCCCUCAUGGUGUGCACAAUAUACUCUCACAGCUUUCAGCCUUCUUAGUGCCCGAUCCAAGCAGGACGGAUAUGAAGAGUGUAACUCAUUCAAGCAACUCCUCCUUGUUCUGCCCCCUCCCUUCACAUUCCCCUCUUCUCAAAAAUAUCUGAAGUAUGAAAGUUGUUUUUAAAUAGUAGAAGCACCACAAUCCAUUAACACCACAUAUGGUCUUUAAACUGAAAUAUUUUAGUGAUGCCUUGGACAUCAAAAUCAAUUUUUAAGAUGGAUUCUGAAUGUGUGGGUCCAGCCCAGGUCUGCAGUUUGUGCAGAUAAUAGAAACAAAAGGAAUUUAUAACAUUCAGAAAAAGUUAACUUGCUAUGUUUAAAAUAAUGCUGGAAAUUACAUUUCUUCAAAAUGUGGCAAACAUGGACUAUUGAUCAGGAUAUGAAUUAAAUGGGUUUAUAAAUCAUUAAGAAACAAAUCCAAGUUUAUGUACUGUGAAAUUUCCAUGGUGCCUUUAAAAUACAUAGGCAGCUCAUAAAUUUUUUUAAAUAAAUGCCAAAUCACUAGAUUUUUGAUGAAAAAAGAAUACAGAUGGACUGUGUUUUACCUAUGUGAAAAUCACCAAUCCAUUUAAAAUAAAAUCCAAGAGGAUAUAUACAUUCUAAUCAAGUAAUUGAUUAUUUUCCUGAUUAAUAAGAACUACACUUUACACAAAAUACUUUAUCAGCAGCUGUUUUCUUCAAAAAACCAAUAGUCAUAGUUUCACAGUUGAAAAAGUUACACAUUAAAAUAUUUUACAAUUCAUUAUAUAUUCACCAGGUUCCCAUUUCCUAAAGGGCUUGUAAUAUAAAGCAGAUUAGAAGGGAAAACCUCAAAAGUUGAUUACUUCGACACUAAGUUUUACAGAGGACACUAAGAACCACAAAAAGCUUAGGUUCUAUCAUAAAAUAGUGACCAAAUUCCAUUCUUUUUUUAAAAAUCCAAUUAGAAACAUCUUUUUUAAAAAACCAAAUUCUACAACAUGAUUAACAGAUUUCAAAUUAACAGCAUUCUGAAAGUCUUCAAAAUAAAUGAUUUUAUAUAGCUGAAAAUAUGAUAAAAAGUUAAAGCAUGAUUUUCAAAUAGUUGAUUAUUUCUUGCGAGAAUGUGUUUAAAUUAAGUUUUAUUUUCUUUAAACCUAUUUUUCUUUUCUCCAAAAUAGUCAUUACAGGAAAUAUUGCUCAAUUGACCAAAUGAACCUGUCAAGUCAACAGUCAGUUAUACCACAUUCAAUGACAAGGACGGUUGGUCAUAGAAACUGGCCAAUAGGAACUGAUCUCUGAUACUGAAGUACCUGGAAGUAGCUAUAUUAUCACUGACUUACUUGAAACAUAUCCUAGUCAUCCCAUGUAACAUUUAAUUCAAUUUUUAGUUCCUUGCCUUCUGAGUACUACUUGUCCCCCUUUUCCUUAUUUUUAAUGUUGUUUGCAUAAACUCUGCUUGGAUAUGUUUGAAAUAUACUUUGUUUUUAGCUAGUUCACUUAAUCCAUAGUCUUUAUAGAAUCUGUCUACAUUUCAUCCAAUGGAAUUAAUUUGGUUGUAAUAACUCUUAAAAUUUGGGAUAAAGUAAGCUAUGUGGCUUGUCUUUUAGUAGCAGAGAGGUCCUAUGGGAAGGGACUAUCUGGACUGAUGUGAAAAAUGCAAAAAUUAUAUAAACUUUGUACAAGGAAGCUCAAAGGUUUUUUGGCACUCAGUAAAACACAGUUAGUAGUUCUCUGUUAAAAUCUCAGUUUCCACCAUCAAAACUUCUUUCAGAAUUGUAUUAUUUUACUGAGCGUUCCUGUAAUUAAUCCCUAAUACAGAAAAUACUGGGAUGUUAGUAUGUAUUAACUGAAUAAAUCUAAAAGACAAAAAACAUUAAUCACAAAGUUUUAACAAGUUUGAAACUUCAGAUAUCUGCAAAAGAAUCUAUCUGGUCUCCUGCUUAAAACAGAGUUUAAAUUCUCCUUAACUAUUCCAAGACAGUUUAGAGAAGUUUCCCUAAUUUUCAAAUUAAUCUUUCUUAUUGGCAAUAUUAUGUACACACUUUAGUGAGGUACCUAAGUCUUCAAUAAUUAUGCCCUUUAAGGGUUCUAAAAUAGCCAAAUAUUAAGAAUAUCUGUAUUAGAGUCCCUGUUUACUAUCCAAGACUUCUACUAUAGGUCUGAUUUCAUAAGUGGAUAUUUUUAAGUGAUGCUGUAUACAAUAUGCACUCUUCAUAAAGUUGUACUUCAAUAAUAAGCCUAGUCUAGAAAACUGUCAGUAAAUUAUUGCACUUUUUCUGGUGUGGCACCUGGACAUUUGCUAAAGCUAUUUCCUAGGGCAUUAAUCAUUCAUUUCAAAUACUCAGUAAAAUAUCAGAUUGUAGAGUGAUGACUAGCCUGAGCCCCUACAUUCUGGGUUAAUGUUUUUCAAAAUGUUUAAGAAUGUAUCUUGUGCUCAAAUGCUAUUUAAUAAAGUUGGAAAGUGAGCCCUGAUGACUCGGAAAUGGGACAUGAUCUUAAAAUGGUUUAAGGUCCUAAUUUUACUAGGGAGAUACUGAGUAAAUAGCCUUAAAAGGUAAAAAGUUCAUGAUUUCUGUUCCCCUUAUUAUAAAGUAUUAUUCAUGAGUAUACUUGGGUUGAGGGGUGAAGCAAUUAGGAAAAUAGUCUAAAUUGUGUUAAUUUGGCAACUCAUUUCAUAUGAUUGAGGCAUUCUCAACUAUAAAAGAGGAUGGAAGAUGGGCGAUUCAAGUGAAAACAGAAGAAAAUAAAAGGAAAGAGGAGAACUUUUAAAUGUGUUUUCCUUAAGUAGUUAUAUACUAGUCAUUGGUAUGAGAUAGUGCCUGAACCUUACCCACAGAUCAAGAAAAAAGCUGACCAUGCUGCUACAAACAAUAAAAAUUUGGGGUGCAAAACAAUGCAUGACUAUGGGACAGAUCAUGUAAAUAAAGAAUAUAUAUUAAUGAUAGUUUCUAUAAUAUAAAUAGCCUUUAAUAAAAAAAAUAAUCUUUUUAAUAACAUUAAUACUCACUUCUAUUUUCUGGAAAACAUGCAUGAAAAAUGUAUUCAAUUCAUUGCAAAAGGAGAAAAAAAAGUCAAUCUAAGGUGAAUACUGUACAAUUCUGGAGCAAGAAUUAUUCCUGCUCAUUCUUUACGAUGAUUAUUUUACUUUGUGGGAGCCCAGAAUUUCCCUGGGAAGUAAGAAUCAGAUUCUUGUAAAUACUGUCCAGGAAAAAAAAAACCACCUCAAAAUACCACCUUAUAACAGGUCUCAUUUGUUACUGCUUCCCAAACUUUGCAGAUAAGACCCCAAAUCAUCAAAAGGUUUGAUUUAUUAAAAAAGAAAAGUCUCUGUUGAAAUCUCAAGAGUCCCUUACACCCCAAGCAUUUUUCUUCAUCAAACAAGGAGUCAAAAACCCACUUCAAACUAUAAAUUGAACAGCAAUGGAAAAAUAAGAAAUUUUCAUUUUUUUCCAAUCUUGAAGUAAUUUAACAUCAAACUCCAGUUUACUUGGACCUAAUGCAAUAAUAGGUUUUGUUGUGUCCAUAUUUCAAAACAGAAAACAUUUGCAAGACAAGAAGAGAACAUCAUCCUUUUUCCUUCUCCAUCAUUUCUAUAUAUUUUGGGGUUUUUUUUUUGUUUUGUUUUUUAAAAAAA